GCAUUCCCAAACCAGCCCAGAAAAAGCCGCUUUACAUUUCUUCUUUGUUUUAUAAUCAACGGAGUAACUCUCAGUCACGAAUUCGAUUGCUAGAUAGCUAUCAGUAAACUGGGGCUAGAUACUUCAGUUCCUAAAUUUAGGUGUAGAAGCACACAAUGGGUAAAGAUGAGGAAAAUAACUCACCAAAAUGUGACCUAGGUUCUCAACCGGCACAGCAAUUUCCUGUACCAUCUUCAUAUUUAAGCACUUCGCUACCAACUGGGCAUGUUCCGCAGAUUCACAUGUGGCCCUCUCAACAGCCAUUCAUGCCCCCAUAUGGGAUGCCUUAUCCAAUGAUCUACCCUCAAGGAAUUGUUUAUGCUCAUCCUGCAGUCUCUCUAGCUGCAGUUACUUCAAGCGUGGAAUUGGUUCCUAAGCCAUCAGAGGCUAUUGAUCAAAAUUCAGCAAAAAGGUUAAAAGGGCAUAAUGGGCUUGCUGUGCCAAUCACUAAUGACAACUUUGAGGUUAAUGCUGAAGGAUCUGUCCAUGGGACAUCACAAAGUGAUGACGUUGCGACUUCUACUGAUGAAAGUAAUGAAGGUAUGGAGGAUCCUAAAACUGUUGAACAGCCUUCCUUAAAUAGAACUCCAGAAAUAAGCUUCGCUCGUAAUGCUGUAAGGUUUCCCAUUGAAGUCUCGGUCCAGGAUGAACGGCAGCUGAAAAGGGAGAAAAGGAAGCAAGCUAACAGAGAAUCUGCAAGGAGAUCCAGGCUAAGGAAGCAGGCUGAAUAUGAGGAGGUGGUGAGGAGAUAUGAGUCCCUGAACAAGGACAAUACUAAUCUCAAGUCUGAAAUGAAUAAGUUGAAAGAGGAUAUGGAGAAAUUGAGGCUCGAAAAUGCUACAUUAAUGGAGAAGCUGGAAUCUACCCAACCCAGACAGCCUGGAGAAGCGGUUCCAAAUGACCCUAAUGUUAAGCUUGAGGACUCUUGCAACAAGAAGUAAAAUGGAGACUUCAAAUGAUUAUGACAGACUUCUAAAUGUUGGUUCACAAAUCAGAAGCGUUUUCCCCAGGCAAACACCGGCUAUUCAAACCUGUUAUUAUGCAACUGAUCUUGUCAUGGCAUCACUGAAUGUUAGAUGGAAAGGCAACUCAAUGGUUUUUGCACUUCCUGGCUUACUUUCAGUUAGUUUCAAGGUUUGGUUAUCUGAUAUGAAAGUUAGGAUCUGGUUAAUUUUAUUUUUAAAAAAUUAUUCCGCAUCACCUGGCUCGCCUGCUUAGCUUUCAGGCGUGGCUCUGUUGUGUAGAAUCUAGGACUGAAGCUUCUUGAUUUGAAGAUCUUAGCCUCUGCAUUUUAUGACUUUUUAGUGUGCA